GCAACUCUUUCUUUCUUUCUUUCUCUCUCUCUUUCUUUCUCUGAUUCUCCAAUGGAAUUGCCGGUGAGGAUGACGGUUUCCCGCAAUCAUCGAAUAGAAUCGUAUAAGCUAGAGACAAUAAAUCUUGGUUGCAGGAUUUCUGCUCCAUACGAGAAGCUUAGUUGGAUUCAAUCUUACUAUAAUCCGAAAGUAUCCACCACAAGGUUCAUACUACACAAUGUGAACUCUGAAGCCAGAGCUGGGGAGAUCACAGCAAUUGCAGGUCCAAGUGGUGCCGGAAAAUCGACUCUGCUCGAGAUUCUCGCCGGAAAAACACGGGCUGGAAGGGUCACCGGUCAAGUACUGGUGAAUGGGUAUCCCAUGGUUUCUAAAGUUUUCCAGAGAAUUUCAGGGUAUGUUACUCAAGAAGAUGCUCUGUUUCCUCUUCUAACAGUUAAAGAAACGUUAAUCUACAGUUCUCUUCUCCGGCUUUCCGGCAGCCGGGAAAUGAUCGAGGGAAGAGUCAGGAGCUUGAUCAGAGAACUGGGUCUAUGCCACGUGGCGGAUUCGGAAAUAGGAGAGGGCUCGAAUCGUGGCAUUUCCGGAGGGGAAAGGAGAAGAGUGUCGAUUGGAGUAGAAUUGGUUCAUGAUCCAUCUGUUAUUCUGAUCGACGAGCCAACUUCAGGAUUAGAUUCAGCUUCAGCUCUGCAAAUAAUCACUCUACUCAAAUCAAUGGCAGCCAAUCAAGGUAAGACAAUUGCUUUAACCAUUCAUCAACCGGGAUACAGAAUUCUCGAACAGAUUAACAGACUCAUUUUACUAUCAAAUGGAACUGUUCUUCACAAUGGAACAGUAAAGAAUCUUGAAGAGAGGCUAAAUUUUUGUGGGUUUCGAAUUCCUCGUCAUAUCAAUGUCCUCGAAUUCGCCAUUGACGUUACAGCAAGCUUGGCUAUGCAAUACCCAGAAAUCAUAGAAGAAAAAGAAGUAAAAGGGAAAAGAUUAGAAGAUCAUUUAUCAAUAAAAACCUCAUUUUCUUACUCAAAUUCCCGUUUCCAAGAAGUUAUUAUCCUAAGCCAAAGAUUCUUCAAAAACGUAUUCAGAACCAAACAGCUAUUCAGCACAAGAGUCAUACAAGCAAUAGUAGCUGGAUUAGUACUCGGCACCAUCUUCAUGAACAUAGGAAACGACCCAAGUCGAUUUUCUCUACAAACUCAAUUAGGAUUUUUCGCAUUCAGCCUUACUUUCUUACUCUCAUCCACAACAGAAGGCCUCCCAAUUUUCCUACAAGAAAGAAGAAUCCUAAUGCGAGAAACUUCAAGAGGAGCUUACAGAGUAUCUUCUUAUGUCAUUGCAAACACACUCGUUUUCCUCCCUUUUCUUUUAAUGGUCUCCCUACUUUACUCCAGCUCGGUUUACUUCCUAGUCGGCCUCAGGCAUGAAACCUUCAGUUUCCUCUACUUCUCAUUAGUGGUAUGGAUAGUGGUUUUGAUGUCGAAUUCCUUCACGGCUUGUUUCAGUGCACUAGUUCCUAACUUCAUAAUGGGAACAUCGGUUAUAGCUGGUUUGAUGGGUUCAUUUUUUCUCUUCUCAGGCUACUUUAUAGCAAAGGAGAAUAUACCAAAGUAUUGGAUUUUCAUGCAUUAUAUGAGUCUUUUCAAAUACCCAUUUGAAUGUUUUAUCAUUAAUGAGUAUGGAGGAAAGGAAGGAGAAAUGAGAUGUGUAGAAGGUGAUGAAGGAAGUGAAUGCAGAUUAUUUGGAAAUGGUUUGUUGAAGCAACAAGGCUUGGUGGAAAGCCAAAAAUGGACCAAUUUGGCUGUCAUGUUUAGUUUCAUAGUUGGGUAUAGGAUUAUAUGUUUUAUUAUUCUUUGGGUUAGAUGUCACAUUAUAAGGAAUUGA